AGCAGUCAGCUGUCAAAAGAAAACGAAACACGGGAUUUUCUCGCCCAAAAUCAUGGCAUCGAUUACAGUAAUCAGCCGCAUUGGAUUGAAAUUUCUGCAGCUUCCACAAUCGGGUUUCCUGGCUCCCUGUCUGCAAAAUGUUAUCAUACAACAGCAGCAGCAGGUUCGUCAUCGCCGCACCAAACAUUUUGAACCCAAAUGGAAACGAUUGCGUAAAGAAAAAUAUGUGAAAGUGGAUAUCCCGAACCUAAACGAGCGGGCUGAGGAUCUUAGCCAGGAACAGAUAAAGACUAGAAUGAAGGAACGUGGAAUUCUGCCACCGCGACCGUGGCUAGAGCGUCCUUUCCAUAUCAGCUGUACCGGUGGUGUUUUUGAAGGAUACGUUCCUCCGGAAGGCGAUGGAAAAUUGUCUGCCGUUUCGAAGGAAGGUGCUAAGCAAAAGUUUGAACAGCUGGAGAAAAAAACCAAAUCUAUGAUGGCUAUCCGGAAGAUCCGUAGUUUUGAUGACGAUUUCGAGCCUCCGGAGUUUGCGGCUCAAGCGCAGGAUAUCUACGUUCAAGCGCAUAGCUUGUUGAUAGAGAAGAACAAGUACAAACUACGGGAAAUCGUUACAGAGAGAGCAUACCCAGAACUAAUGCACAACGUUCAUGAUAAAACUAUAAAUUGGAAAUUUAUUAAGUCGCUGGAAGCUCCACGGGUCGUUCAUGCCCGGUGCACCGAUGUUAUCAGCAAGGAUAACAUUUUUGGUCAGGUAACGGUACGGUUCCACACCCAACAGAUCUUGGCAAUUUAUGAUCGCUUUGGCCGGUUGAUGCAUGGCAGCGAAAUCGUCGAGAAGGAUUGUCUGGAGUAUGUUGUGUUUGAAAAGCAUCUUUCAAAUGAAUAUGGAGUCUGGCGGUUGCACGAAAAGAUUAUCCCCGAAUGGAGUCCACCGAAGGCUCCGGCAUACAUCACGUACCGGGUGGACGAUGAACCACCGGCACCAAAGCAGGAGGAAACCAAGGAGGUAACGGCUACCAACGAGGAAGGUGAUAAGGUGGUCACCGCCACCGCUUGAUAAGGUUUGCGAAAGCGAGUCAGUGUAAGUCGAUAAGUUGGAUUUAUAUUGGUAAUUGAGGAAUGCGGUAGAAUAA